AAAAGUGUCAAAAGUGCCAAGAACGUGAAGUUCGAGUAAAGCGAGUGAAACGUCAAAUUAGUUUAUAUUUAUAAAAAUUUUAAUGCUGAUUAACCUAAGCAAACACAAUCCCCGUAAAUUGUUGUUAUGUUUUAUAUUAUAUUCAUGACCAAUAGUUAAUAGAUAUAUUCAACAAUUGAGGCACAAUGUGUGACAGCGAUGAUCAAGGGGAUCACGGCCGAUCUGGCAUGGAUUUAACUGGGUUCUUAUUCGGAAACAUUGAUGAAAGAGGUCAACUUGAAGAUGAAGGGUUGCUUGAUGGAGAGUCCAAGAAAAUGCUCUCCUCUCUUACUCGUCUGGGCUUUGGAUCUAUGUUAUCUGAAGUGCUAGACGAGGAUGAACCAAAUCAAGAUGAUGAAGAAAAAGAUUACUCGGAGAAAAGUCCAUCAGCAGUGGACUUUUUUGAUAUUGAUGAUGUUGCCGAAGAGGUAAAAGUUGAGGAUUUAGAUGAUAGCACUAAACAAGAUGCACAAGACACAAAUAUACAGGAAAGUAAGAGAAACGAAAUCCGAGAAUCACCGAGCAAAGACACAAUAAGCGAUUUUCCACAGAAUGAAGGCAAUGAUAGGCAUGAAGAUUGGAGUCGAUCAGAUUACAUGAAAAAGGAUGAUCAAAGGAAUAAUGAUGAGGGUUAUGAAGGUGAUAUGGAAGGAGAUGGAGGACUUAUGCCACCACCUUCAACUGUUCCUAAGCAGAAAUCUGACAAACCGAAGAAAUUGGAAACACCCCUUGCGGCUAUGCUUCCUUCUAAGUAUGCAAAUGUUGAUGUCACUGAACUCUUCCCGGAUUUUCGUCCAGAUAAAGUGCUGUUGUUUUCGCGGUUAUUUGGUCCUGGUAAAUUGUCAAGUCUGCCACAAAUAUGGCGUGGAGUGAAGAAGAGAAGAAGAAGAAAGCGCAGUGGAAGUACCGGGAGUGACACUGCACCACAGAUGCCGGAGUAUCAAGAGUCGCAGUAUGCAAGUGACGAUGAAGAUAAAUUUCUAAAGCCCAUGGAAGAGAACCAGCAAUCAAAUUCGGAAAAUAAUUCUCAAAAUUCUGGUGACAAGUCACAGCGGCCUACACCAGCGCAUUGGCGUUUUGGACCCGCGCAGAUGUGGUACGAUAUGUUAAAUGUACCCGAAACCGGAGAUGGUUUUGACUAUGGAUUUAAAUCCAAGGCGCCAUCUACCGACGUAGAAGAAAAACCGAAAGAGGAUGAUACAUUACUUGAAAGCAACGAAACAGAUGAUAGUCCAGACAGUGGGUUCCCUGAUGAUGCCUUCCUUAUGGUGUCUCAGCUGCAAUGGGAGGAUGACGUCAUAUGGGACGGCAGUGAAAUUAAACAUAAGGUAUUAGCGCGUCUGAACAGUAAGAGUAAUGCUGCAGGCUGGGUGCCUACCUCAGUGAGCAGGACGGCGCAGCAGUUCUCACACCCGCGCCCGCAGCCCACCACACCCCUGCAGACUAAACCUGCCACUGCGGCUACAUCAGCACCUAAUGGUCAAGCUGGCGCUGCCGCUGGAGACGGGGAAGACAACACCUGGUACAGCAUAUUUCCUGUCGAGAACGAGGAGUUGGUCUACGGCACCUGGGAGGAUGAAGUUAUAUGGGAUGCUGAGAACAUGCCCGCUAUACCUAAACCCAAGAUCUUGACGCUGGACCCUAAUGAUGAAAACAUCAUCCUUGGUAUUCCGGAUGAUGUUGACCCCUCUAAGAUUACAAGAGAAAGAGGACCCGCACCGAAGGUUAAAAUUCCACAUCCUCACGUAAAGAAGUCAAAGAUCCUAUUAGGCAAGGCUGGUGUUAUCAAUGUGCUGCAGGAAGACGCGCCGCCUCCACCACCCAAGUCUCCUGACAGAGAUCCAUUUAAUAUAUCUAAUGACGUUUACUACCAACCGAAGUCUCAGAACCCUCGCCUGAAAGUUGGUGGCGGUCAGUUGAUCCAGCACAGCACUCCAGUGGUGGAACUUCGCGCGCCAUUCAUCCAGACGCACAUGGGUCCGGCACGUCUGCGCGCCUUCCACCGCCCCGCUAUGCGCAAGCUGUCCUACGGCCCGCUCGCCGCCGGCGGACCUCAUCCAGUGCAACCGCUGCUUAAACAUAUUAAAAAGAAGGCUAAGCAACGUGAAGCUGAGAGACUCGCAUCUGGUGGUGGGGACGUGUUCUUCAUGCGUACUCCGGAAGAUCUAAGCGGCAAGGAUGGCGAUCUGGUGCUGGUGGAGUUCUGCGAGGAGCAUCCGCCCCUCAUCUCCCAAGUCGGCAUGUGUUCCAAGAUAAAGAAUUACUACAAGAGAACUGCUAUCAAGGACACUGGACCGAAAUCAUUUAAAUACGGUGAGGUUGCGUACGCGCAUACGUCUCCGUUCCUGGGCAUCCUCGCGCCGGGGGCGACGCAACCCGUAGUAGAGAACAAUAUGUACCGCGCGCCGAUAUACGAACAUACACUGCCGCAGACUGACUUCCUUGUUAUAAGGACCAGGCAAGGUUACUAUAUUCGUGAGAUUGACGCUUUGUUCGUUGCGGGUCAAGAGUGUCCCUUGUAUGAAGUGCCUGGACCGAAUUCCAAGAGAGCUAAUAACUUCGUUCGUGAUUUUCUACAGGUUUACAUAUACAGGCUGUUCUGGAAAUCCCGUGACAAUCCGCGUCGAAUAAAGAUGGAUGAUAUAAAACGUGCCUUUCCCUCACAUUCAGAGAGUUCUAUACGUAAACGUCUCAAGUUGUGUGCAGACUUUAAGAGAACUGGAUUGGAUUCUAAUUGGUGGGUAAUAAAACCAGAUUUCCGACUACCGUCCGAAGAAGAGAUCCGUGCGAUGGUGUCGCCUGAGCAAUGCUGUGCUUACUUCAGCAUGGCCGCUGCGGAACAGAGGCUGAAGGACGCAGGAUAUGGAGAGAAAUUCAUCUUCACACCUAUGGAAGAUGAUGAUGAGGAGAUGCAGUUGAAGAUGGACGACGAGGUGAAAGUGGCACCAUGGAACACGACCCGUGCAUACAUACAAGCGAUGCGAGGGAAAUGUCUGCUCCAGCUGACAGGUCCAGCUGACCCGACCGGCUGCGGCGAAGGAUUCUCCUACGUGCGCAUGCCCAACAAACCCACGCAGCAGCCUAAUGAAGAACAGCAACCCAAGAGAACUGUCACUGGUACUGAUGCUGAUCUUAGAAGACUCAGCUUGAAUAAUGCUAAGGCGUUAUUAAGGAAGUUUGGGGUACCUGAGGAAGAGAUCAAAAAAUUAUCGAGAUGGGAAGUUAUCGAUGUCGUUAGAACUUUGUCAACGGAAAAAGCAAAAGCCGGCGAAGAAGGUAUGACCAAAUUCUCGAGAGGAAAUCGAUUUUCAAUCGCUGAACACCAAGAAAGGUAUAAAGAAGAAUGUCAGCGUAUAUUCGAGCUGCAGAACCGAGUUCUUACGAGCACUGAGGUACUUAGUACGGAUGAAGCUGAGAGCUCCGUCAGCGAGGAGUCAGAUCUUGAGGAGAUGGGCAAGAACCUGGAGAAUAUGCUCGCCAAUAAAAAGACAACGGAACAGCUAUCAUUAGAAAGAGAAGAAGCAGAACGGGCAGAAUUAAGAAAAAUGAUUCUAGGACAAUCUGAAAAGAAACCACAAAUCAAUCAAAAUGAUCAACAACAGAGUUCAAAUCAAGGACGUGUACUAAGAAUAGUACGUACAUUCCGUAACCCUUCGGGUCAGAGGUAUACUCGUGUAGAAUUAGUUCGUAAAGCGGCUGUUAUAGAGGCAUAUACUAAAAUACGGUCUACUAAAGACGAAGCCUUCAUACGACAAUUCGCCACAAUGGAUGAAACACAGAAAGAAGAAAUGAAAAGGGAAAAACGAAGAAUUCAGGAACAAUUGAGACGUAUUAAAAGGAAUCAAGAAAGAGAAAGGUUGGCCGGUAACGUGACAGUGCCGGCUCCGUUCCCUAGCAAUUUUGAUAACUCUAAAAUGUCAACCUCAUCAUCAAUGGACAUGAGUUCGUCAUCGCCAGGGCUGACGCUGCUGGGUCAGAUCAAGCAGGAGGUGGACCUGCAGACUCCCUCGCGUCACCGCCGCGCCAAGCUCAAACCAGACUUGAAACUCAAGUGCGGAGCAUGCGGUCAGGUGGGUCACAUGCGCACGAACAAGGCGUGCCCGCUGUACUCAGGGUCGCUGAGCGCGCCGCUGUCGCCGGAGCACGACGAGCCACCACCAGACCCUGAUGAUGACGACCUCGGAUAUGUAGACGGCACCAAGCUUACACUGCCCUCUAAACUUAUCAAGCAAUCAGCAGAGGAUCUCAAACGUCGUGGUAUGAGUCGCAGUGAGAUCAGAGCGGGGGGUAGAAACAAACGGCGCGGCACUAUCACUGAGUCUUGUGAUUACCUUGUACGUAGACCAGCGGAGAGACGUCGUACUGACCCACUGGUUACCCUGUCUUCAUUGCUGGAAGCUGUGCUCAAUCAUAUGCGGCAUCUCCCUGAUGUACAACCCUUCUUGUUUCCUGUCAAUCCUAAGUUGGUAGCGGAUUACUACCGAAUCGUGUCGCGGCCGAUGGACUUGCAGACGAUCAGAGACAAUCUGCGACAGAAACACUACCAGAGCCGCGAGGAGUUCUUGGCUGACGUCAACCAGAUUGUUGAAAAUUCAACACUAUAUAAUGGUCCUACGAGUAGUCUGACGGUGGCCGCUCAGCGCAUGUUGCAGCGCUGCGUUGAGAAAUUAGCAGAGAAAGAGGAACAGCUCAUGAAACUAGAAAAACAAAUCAAUCCUUUGCUCGAUGAUAACGAUCAGGUGGCGCUAUCGUUUAUAUUAGAGAAUCUAUUGACAACGAAGCUGAAGGUGAUGCCGGAGGCGUGGCCUUUCGUGAAACCUGUCAACAAGAAGCAGGUGAAGGAUUACUACAACGUCAUCAAGCGGCCCAUAGACAUGGAGACCAUGGGCAAGAAGAUACAAGCUCAUAAAUAUCACAGUCGCGAGGACUUCCUCAAGGACGUGCAGCUGCUGGUCGACAACUGCCGCGCGUACAACGGCAUCAACUCUCAGUUCACGAGGCAAGCUGAGGCCAUACUCAAAGUUACUAGAGAAUCACUUGAACAGUUUGGCGAUCACGUGAGCCAAUUGGAAGCGAACAUAAGCAAGGUGCAACAGAAGAUGCUGGAAGAAGCUGAGCAGUCGGACGUGGAGUCCGAGGAUACGCAGCUGCAGGGAGACGAGAAGCGAGGACGUGGUAGACCGAGGAAAUACAAGCCUUCUACUUCCACAGCUGAUGGUGCAACACCGAGAAAGCGAGGCAGACCUAGGAAGGAUAUUAAUAGUUUGGAAGAAGAUCUACAAUAUUCUGACAGCGGCAGUUCUGAAUUGGAGGAGGUUGAAUCAAAGGAUGGUGCUUAUGUUGAACUAUCUGUUAAUGCAGAUGAUAAUAUCGGAGGCGAGGGCUUCGACACGUCGGAAUUCUUGAAGAUAAAGCGCGAGGUGCCUGACGAGCCGCCGCAUACUGAUGACUACGUUGACCUUGACCGCAGCAAUGACUAUACAUUCCCAACUGUUGUUAAGGAGGAGCCAAUAGAACCUGAUAUGAACAUGGAGCCGCACAUGAUGGAGCAGCAAGGACCGCCUCUCGACCCACCGCACUUCAAAGAGGAGCCUCCUGAAAACUGGCAGCCUGAUCCAGCUAUACAAGACGAUCUUCAAGUCACCGACAGCGAAGAAGAAGCAGAGGACGGGUUGUGGUUUUAAAAUAGUCCGUCUUACUCUAACUUUGGGAGAAAGACGGAGAUAGCAAUGAUGUAAAUAUU